AUGUCCAAGCUCCUGGGCAAGGUGGUGGUGGUGGACGAGCUCUCCCUCCGCAAGGAGGAGGAGGUUCGUGUCAAGGUCAAGUGCUUGGACUGCUCCACCCUCCGUGCCACCGUUCGUGUGUUCUUCAACGACCAGGGAUUCGACCUCAAGAUCUACCCCGAGCCUCCCAACCACGUCGGCCGCCCUCGACACCUCGCUGAUGGCCACUUUGGUGGGGGCGGCGCGGACCCCCGCGACGACUCCCACUACCGCCGUCCGCGCCCCUCCCGCCACGAGGAUCCGGAGGACGAUGACGAGCGCUCUGGCCACACCCGCUCCCCCUCACGGGACCCCUCUCCACCUCCGGGGUGUGGGGGCGCGGCUGCGGGCCGGUCGCGUGGGUUGACCUUCUCCGCCGAGGCCGCCCCCGCCACGCUUCCUGUCUCCUCUCCCUCCUCUUCGGCCGAGCUCAGCGACAUCUCCAGCGUCAGCCUCCUUGUCCUCCCGGCAUCUUCGCCGCGCUCGCCGUGCGUCCUUCCCGUGGUGGCCACGGCACCCUUGUCUCCGGCCUCGGCUUCUUUGCUGCCUCCGGCCUCGCCGACGUCGGUGCCUCCCUCCCUCGGAUCCCCCCCCCCCGAUGGACCCCCCUGGGGCGGAUGCGCCGCCGCCUCCUGCCUCCCCCCGGCCCCGGUUGACGACGCGCCGGCCCCGGACCCGCCCUCUCCUCAGGCGGUGUCUGGUGCCCGUAUGAUCCCUCCGGCGCCUGCUUCCCCGACUCGUCUGCUGCUGGUGGCCUCCGAGGAGGUGGUCACCCCCGUCGCCUCCCACCCGCCUCGGUCGGUGCCCUACGUCCGUCGGGCUCGGGCCUCGUCGACCCCGGUGACGGCUUCCCGCCGCAGCGCCCGGCUCGACGCGGAUCGCCCGGCCAGCCUCCCGGCGCCGUCCAUCUCCGAGCAGGCUAAGAUCCGGGCUGCGGCCCGGAACCUCGAGUCAGGUGCGAUCGACAUCCCUUCCAGUUCUUCCAGCUGCUCUUUUUCUGCGCUCGAAUCCGUUCCGCUCGGCCGCCUUGCCAGGGUGGCCCUAGAUUCGUCCGUAGUUUUCAGGGGGGAGGUUGGCCCCCCCCUUGGAGCAGAUUGCGGCCACCCAGGCCCUCGAGAUCCUUGA